AUGUUGUCAAGAUCUAAGCUGAUUGCUCGCCUCAUAACUACUCAAACAGUUCCUCAAACUGAGUUAUCAGAAGGAUCAAGAAUAUUUUGGAAUAAAGUCGCAGACUGAUAUAUCAAAUAUAACCAUGAAAAUUCCACCAAGAUGUAUGAGACAAUGGCAAGCUUUCUCAGAUUAGAUAAAGCCAACAAAGUAAUUGAUGCAGGGUGUGGGUCAGGAAAUGGAGUAGAAGCUAUGAAAAAAUUUGCUUCUCCAAACACUCAAUUCACCUUAGUAGAUAUUAGUGAUGUGUUUGUUGAAAAGGCGAGAGCAGCUAAUCCUGGAGUAGAAGUCUUUCAACAAGACGCUGAAUCUUUAUCUUUCCAUGAUGCCACUUUUGAUGUCUAUAUUUCCAAUGGCCUUUUAGAAAUCGUUAAAAAGCCUGACUGGGUUGUCAGUGAGGCUUAUAGAGUGUUGAAACCAGGUGGUGUUGCCUCAUUCUCAAUUUAUGGGAGAAUGGGAAUAUGCAAUACUUUAAGAAUUUACAAAUCAAUCAGAAAUAAACUAGGAAUUAAACGUGGAACUGCUGAGCCAAGAUUCGAACUUGCAGACCCAGAAAAAGUGAAAGCACUAGUAAAGUCGAUUGGAUUCAAAAGAGCCUGCUACUUCUAUGAACAAUACCACUUCAAUGUCAUUGAUCCAAAGGACAUUUUUGGAAUGUAUCUUGAUAACCCUGUCCUUCGAGAUGGUGCAAAACAAGUCGGAAAGAGCCAUGAAUUUGAAAAUCUGGUCAAACAAGAGCUCGAAGAAAUCUUGUUUGAAAAAGAAGAGCCUCUCAUUUACGAAGCUUUAGUAGUAACAGCUUAUAAAGAUUAA